AUGAGCGCGCGGUCUGGCUGCAUGUCAAGCCAUGGGGCAGCCGAAACACGCAGCACGGCAGGUCGGGUGGCUGCACCACUCUCGUGUGGGGAAAGCCCAGCUUUUUAUGGGCGUGAUUUGGCCAAGCUGCAGGAUGAGGGGACAAUGCUGAAUGGGUGUACAGCUUCUCAUGUGGACUUCGAUGAGGAGGCACGAAAGCUAUGGGCUCGGCUGAACUUAGACCCGUCAGUUAUCACUGGUGGCAAGUACAAUGCCUUGGACGCCUUGUGGCAACAUCCAGAGACACGUGCGGUGUUCUAUGUGGGAAACCAGACUGCGGCAUCCAACUUAUCAUUGCUGCAGAAACAUGGAGUCACGCAUGUUGUCAACUGCACCGACAGCAUGCCCAAUUGUCAUGAACAUGUUCCCGGCAUCGCGUACCACCGCUUCGACAUUGCCGGCUUUCGCCGUGGGGUUAAAUCUGAUGCCGAUGCAGCGGAAUUUGUCCAGCCAAUGCUGAACUUUGUGAGUGCUGCGCUGGGCGAUGGCAAGAACGUGAUGGUGCACUGCUUGGCUGGUGCACACCGAGCAGGGACCACGGGCAUCAUAUGCUUGAUGUACUUUGCACAGCUUCAAGCCAAAGAGGCAGUUCUUGCAGCUAAGCGCUGCCGGCCCAUUAUUGAGCCCAUCGGUGGCUUUCCGGAGCUGCUGGCCAAACUGGAGCGCAGCUGGAGGGAAGCAGGCUGA